AUAAGGUUUAUACACUGAGUAAGAAUGAAGAUUCACAGAUAAAAUAUUUUGAUGCUGUGAUUGUUGGGUCUGGUCCAGUAGGAUGCACUUUCGCUCGAAAAUUAAUCGAAGCUGGUUACAAAGUUGGCAUGGUAGAAGCAGGAGCAAGUGAAUCAAAUCCUCCAGGCUCACAUCUCAAAAAUGCCUUUCGAUUUCAGAAGGAUAUCAACUCGUUCUCAAAUCUUGUUAAUAGUCAUUUGCACCUACUUUCGGUUCCUACAUCAAUCGACAUUUAUCCAGACACAAUCGACCAAACUUCUAUUUUGAAAACUGGUACGAUUCAUUUGAAUCAAAACCCGGAUCAAGAUCACCGAUUAAAUCUUCGAGCCGCAGCUGCGACAUACAGUGUUGGUGGCAUGGGUACUCACUGGACUUGUGCAACGCCAAGACUUCGUGAAAGUGAACGGUUUAGUAAUCUUAUUCCUGACGAAGAAAUGGAUGAAUUGUACGAAGAAGCAGAGAAUUAUCUUCACAUUUCAAAAGAUCCUUACAAUGGCACCAUGUUACAAACAACUAUUCUCAAAGCUCUGAAAAAACGUUACGGUGAAGAUAUUCCUCAGGCAUUACCCCUUGCCGUCCGUUUUAAAAAAGCAGAUAAACCUGAUGCGCUAUCCUUUAAUUUUUGGACUGGUCCUUACGAUAUACUUCGUAAAGAAAAUUACGAAAACGAAAACUUUACUUUGAUGGGCCAACAUCUUGCGCAAUUUCUUCACCCUAAAAUUAAUAAUACAUCUAUCAUUGAUGGACUGAUUACCAAAAACCUACUCAAACAUGAUAAGAAUAAGAAUUUCAAUUGGGAUAUCGAAAUUCCUGCUCUGGGAAAGUAUCUUUGUGAACAGACUGUUGCUUAUUGUCAGAUCGUAUUAAAUAAAAAAAUUGUGAAAGAAAUGCUGGAAGAUCCGACUUGGUCAGAGGGUGUUAAAAAGCAUAAAGAGGCAUAUCCAAAAGAUCCAAUUCCAAUCCCCUUUGACGUCCCACUUCCUCAGUGUUGGAUCCCAUAUACCGACAAACGUCCUUGGCACGCUCAAGUUCAUAGAGAUGCAUUUUCUUAUGGUCAAACACCAGCCAAUGUUGAUAACAGAGUGAUUUUGGACUUUCGUUAUUUUGCUGCUUCCAAUAAUAGUGAAGAGUUAAAUAACAGAGUCGAAUUUAGCAAAGAAAUCAAAGACAUGUUUGGAAUGCCACAACCAACGUUUUAUGUUCGAACAUCUGAAAAGGAUGCCAAAACCAAUCACAAAAUGUUAAAUGACAUGAUACAAACUGCCCUUAGCAUGGGCGGCUUCUUGCCCGGUAACGAACCUCAAUUUAUGCCACCAGGCACAGCACUACAUAUUACGGGCACAGUACGCAUGGGCAUAAACAAAGAAACUUCCGUAGUGGACACAAAUCUUUGCGUUCACGGAUUUCGUAAUCUUUAUCUUGGAACUACUGGCGUCAUUCCAACAACAAUUACCGCAAAUCCAACAUUGACUAGUAUUGCCCUAGCGAUCAAAUCAGCAAAUCACAUCAUCAAGAAAUUAAAAGAAG